CGCGAAUCGACUCAAAACUUUCCUUUAACCCCUGCAAAUUCACGAACUUUGAUUUCCCAGGGCGCGAACACAAUAUUGAAACCUACAACCACAAACAUUUUUUUUUGACACUUUCCCUCCCCAAACCAACCGGCUAUGGGUAGCAUGGCAGACACAUCUGCUCCUCCUCUCAUAGAGGAUGUCACAGAAUCCAGAGUCGAAGUCGCAACAGCUGCGAAUGGCGCAACCACCUCCUCCGAGCUACAGUCCCCCGCCGCCCAAGCACCUACGAAGGAAAAAACCUGCGGGGUGUGCCAUGAGAUGGAAGGGAAAUACAAAUGUCCCCUUUGCUUUUUGCCCUAGUAAGAGCUUCUGCUUCUGAAGCCGCGGCAGACAUCGCAAGCUGAUAUUCGUCCUAGUUGCUCUGUCGCAUGCUCGAAAAUUCAUAAACCUACCCACCCUCUCGAGCCUCAGCUUCCUAGCAAGCCCAAAGCUACUGUUCCCAUCGUGGACAGUACCGUACCGAGACCUGGUACUGUAGCCGCCGCGGGGUUUAAAGGCCCUUUCGCGGCAUUGGACAACUCGAAGGAACUACAGACUCUCUUCAUUAAAUACCCGAGGCUGAUUUCUCAGCUCACUAAGAUAAAUACCGCUACCUUACCACAUACGGGCGAGGAAAACUCGAGCGCUCUGCAGGGAAUGCAGAAGAAAGGCGGUAAGAAGGAGCAAUGGAACUCUGAUCGCGGAAUGCAAAGGGGCCUGGAGGCGUUACGCAAAGCCAGAGACGAUGGCGAUGGGGACGGAGAAGGCGUCAGAGAAUUCUCAAAACUGAUCCUCCAGAUCUUAUCCGGCGAUGAGGCUCGUAAUACUGAAGUACUCAUUCAGAAGGAAAUGCAGGAGGAGAACGCGCGGAUAAUUAAAAAUAUGUUGGAUCAGGAAAUGGGCUGAGGAGAUUUUCACAUCUAGACGGAGAAGACCAUAUCAAGAGAAUUCAGAAUUACGAUGAUACCAGACAGAGGCGGCAUCGGACUCGCAGGGCAGGUCCGAUUACUGGGUACCAAAGCUUGCCACUUUGGUUCCAAAGAGAAUACAAAAAACUGAGGCCUCACACACUACCAGGAUUCUAUACCAGUAAGGAAUGGUCUGGAUCACUGUGAAUCGCCGGGAAUAUUUGGAUUGGGGAAGACUAGUUGUAUACUCAUACUAGCGCGAGCCCUGCGGGAUCAGAUCAUGACAGCCGUGGAUGGAAUUAAAUUCAUUAAAUUCAUAUGAAGUUCGUUACGAAAUACCCAAAACAUUGCAUAACAUACGAUGUUGAUGCUGAUAAUGUCAACUAGGAUGCCGUUUAAACCGUGCAAGAAAUCUUCCCUUUCCGCCCUUGCUGGCAUCAGUUGGUGAGCCAAGGUUCCCGAUGUUCGUUAAUACUCCAUUCUUGUGUCCAAUGCUCUUCUCUCCCCUGACCAUCAUCAUCCAACUCGAAUCCUUCUUUCUUAAAAAUGGAGUUACCCAUUCUCGUUUCGUAUGCCCGUUCUCAACAUCAUCCCUCUGAGCCCAGUCAUGUCUAUCGUUUGCUUCAAACAAUGGCUUGGAUCUCGGCUUCGCGGCCCCGUGGACAAGUUGUUCAUCGUCCGAUAGCAUGUCUGACGUACUGAAGCGUUGAAUUACGUUUGAAUUACGCAAAAUUCGUAAAUGUGAUGUUUCUGGUUGGAAUGUUCGCUGUGGCGGCUUGUACAAAUCACGAUCGAUGUCCAAAACCACAGCUUCUUCCAUAUCGUGGGUCCAUUGGAAUUGAUUACGAGUUCUCACACAUUCUUUUUCGAUUGCUACUUGAUCCCGGGCCUGGGUUUUCUUGAGAGCUGAAAGUCCGGGUUCUUCGUUGUGGAUGCUUAACUGUGUUUUCAGCACGGGUUCGGCAAGUUUGUGAACCUGUCGCAGAACAUCUGGUGUUGCGGUUCUUUGGAAUGCUGUUGCUGCCACCUUGGGAAUAUGGUGAUAUAUUCCAUUUGCCUCAGUUGCGGCAGCUUUCGCGGCUCUAGCUUCUCGCCGUUUUUCUGCUUUGAAUCUUUGCUCUGCCAGAUGGAUUUCGAGGCGGCGACAUAAAUCUUCUGGGUCGAAGGGCUCGCCUUGCUUGACCCUUCGCUUCGCCGUAGUGCCUCUGGGCUCCCUCGGAGGAUAUGUCAUUGUUAUUAUAUAAGCUCCCUGUCGCAAGAGAAUGGAUAAGUAAGGGUAUUGUUGAACAAGGGCUCAAUAUUGGAAUUUUACUUACUGUAGGGCGAUCUGGAACUGAUAAUGCCUCAACGGCCGGCGUGCUGGGCGGCAAACGAGCUUUAUAGAGGGAGGAGAUAUGUCAGGUGUACACAAAGUACGAGACAGAACGUUCCAGGGUCAAGUUGGGGUAUGGAGAUGUGGGGGGCGGACGACGAGUCACAACAGGUCUCAAGCAUGCAUCGCCAUUUAUUUCUUCGACUGUCAAUAUGAUCACCAGCGUACGUGAGAGGUGCACGAGGGGAUACCCAAGUACAAAUACUACGAUGCCGAGUAGAUAAAAGUCGAGGCCACAGACAUCACACUACUUUACAUGCAUCUUGGGCUUGCCAUUGUAACCCAAGUAAGUACGUUGACGGUCCUGCCCGAAGUUGUCACGAAGCCACCAUUCAGAAGCAGGUCACGGACCGACAAAACUUUACAUCAGGUUCUCUUAAUGCAGCUUAACGUUGGCGGCGGUAACGAGGCUCGAUUGGGAAACCUGCAGCAUGGUACAUUCCGGCUGCAGAUCUCGUGGGGUACUUGUUUUUAGUACAUAUCUCUAUUAUUUUUUGUUUAGACCAACCAACGGGCAUUUCUCGAACAAGCUGACUUGGAUUUUGAUGUCCAAUGUCAUACAUCCUUAUCCUCAGCUUCAGUACACCAAUUUACUUCGGUCUGAAGCUGCUUGGAUGUGAUUGGUCCUUGUCCAUGACUGAGUGGAUGGCUCGGCAAGACACGCCAUUUUUCCCUUCAUGAACAGAUAACUUUUCAUUCUUUCGCUUUUUCUGUCUUAAUGUGGAUGGAGCCUCUCUUGGAAUGGGUACCUUCUUAUCAGCAUUAUUAGUUUUAUGUUGAUUUCUACGUACGCUUGUUUUCGGGGCUCUUGGAUUGGCAUCGCUUUCCUGUGGUGGUGGGCACGAGACCUCAUUAGAAUGCCUACAUCGGAAGACUCCAGCAGCGUUGGCAAAUGUUAUUAUCACUUCCAGACGGCUCUUUUUCUCACUUCCUUCUUCCUUAACGUUCUCCUUUCCGUGUUUCAACACGGGGAAGUGUGUAUGCCACGAUCUUUGCUUUGUGAAUACAUUGUACGCGUCCUUUUUGUUCCUAUUCCUGUGAAGCCAAGCUUAACGGCUGUUAUGAAGCGUUAGUACUAGGUACUCCGUUUGGACGGGAUCGUAUCACCAGAACGUGUACUUGUAUCGUUUGCAUUUUGUCUUCGUACACCCCGAGGAGGAUUGUGGAGUUCGGACUUGAAAGAUAUAUCUCUUUUUUUGUAGGAGUCAGGAACGCUUCUCCGAUGCUCAACCAAGUCACUUUGAGGAAUCGAGUAGAUUGCUAGUGCGUACCGAACGGCAACAGAGACAGUCUCUGUAAAAGUUGAUUCUCAGGCUGGAAAAUACAAAUUGUGUGGUUGUAGAUGUAGUCUGUUCUAGUUUUCCUUCGGGGGUCGGAAGGGCUAUAAUAGUAGUCUCGUCGGGCCCUCUACUAUGGAUACUGUUAUCAACUCCUUCGAAUUGAUACCUGAACCAUAGUUGGUCUGGAUACACAGUGCGCCACAGGUGUAUGACUUAGUUCAGGUUAAAGUGCUCCCCCGCCGGAUAAUUGGUGCUUCUGUUUGACAAGGAACUUUUCCUCCGAAUAUUCUUUCGUUCUAGAUGCAGAUCUGUCUUUGAUGUCAUGAUGCAGGUGGAUUUCAUGAUCUAAAUAGAUGUCUCUCAGGGGUAGGGGAUUGGCGAUGUCGAUAUCGAUUCCUCAAAUACUGGGGUUCUAUUAAUGGUAGUCAGACU